GAAAGCAGAAUCUGAUCUGGAUUAUAUUCAACACAGACUGGAGUUUGAAAUAAUGAAAAGUCUUCCUGAUAAUCCAGCAGCAGAGGAAAAUCCAGUUGCUCUCUUGGAAGAACUCUCAGUGGUGAAAUCUCGUUAUAAAACUUUAUGUAUGCAGCUGGAAAAAGUUUCCAUAGAGCAGAGAGAAUCCAUGAAGGGCAUCCGUGCUGCUCUAGAGAACACAAUGAAGAUGGUUCAGGCAUUGCAGCAACAUACUAAUCUUGAGCGCUUACCUCUCUCAGAAGAAGAACAGACUGCAGCACAGCAGUUAACCUGCCAAACUGUUAAAGAAAUGGAAUCGCUAGUCGAAGAGCCAUUUUGCUCAGAAUCUGCAGUCCCUAGCUCAACUGAAGAAUUGCAGUUCAAACCAUUGACUGAGGAAGUACUUAUGACUGUACCAAGGAGUAUCAGAAGUACUGUUAAACUGGCAGACUUGAACAAUUUCUACAGGGAGUUAUUUAACCACUUCAUUGUAAAUAAGAACAG